AUGGACAAGGAUCAACGUCCUCUUUCCCCUCUCUCCUUACAAUUAAUUACCAAUAUUCUAGAAAAAGAUAAGGUUUCAACAGCUCAAUUAGAUUCUGGCGUUGAGAUGCAAGCAAAAAACAUGCUCAGAAUGUGGCAAGAUUCAGCACCCAAAAGACAACCCUCCCUAAAGAACGCUGAAUAG